CAAAACAUCUACAUUCUACAUUUAAAAUCACAAGUAAAUUAUGGAACAAUAGUUAAAAUAUAAUAAAAAAUACUGUUUUAUCGUUAAAAAAAUCACAAGCCAGAUACAGAACUUUAAUGGCCUUUCAAGGAAAACUAAUUAAAUAAAAGGAUAACCUAUCUAUUAUUGUUGAUAUUUAAAGAUCAAAGAUGAGAUUAACAACUCGUUUGCUUUCUUCUCUGGUGCAAAAGAGACCAUUUUAUGUUACUACGCCGAUAUUUUAUGUAAAUGCUGCUCCUCACUUGGGCCAUUUAUACACAGCUGUAGUUGCAGAUGCCAUUCAGAGAUUUGAGAAACUAACCAAUCCAGAUUGUAAAGUAAUAUUUAGUACAGGCACAGACGAGCAUGGCACUAAAAUCCAGCAAGCAGCGGCAAAAGCCAAUCAAUCCCCACCAGAGUACUGUAGUACUAUAUCUAAAGAGUAUAGAGAUUUGUUCAAAGAGUUCCAUGUGGAUUAUACAGACUUUGUGCGAACUACUGAGGAGCGGCAUUUGAAGGCGGUUAAGCAUUUUUGGAAAGAACUAAGAGACCAAGACUACAUAUACAAAGCGAAAUAUUCCGGCUGGUACAGUGUGAACGAUGAAGCGUUCGUGCCUGAAACUCACACGAGAGAAGAAGUCACUAACGACGGUAAGGUCAGAGUGUCGAUAGAAUCAGGACACAGAGUGGAGUGGACUGAGGAAAGCAAUUACAUGUUUAGAUUGAGUGCUUUCAAGACGCACCUUAAGAAUUGGCUGAAAACAGAUGGCGUAGUCAAACCUGUAAAAUUCCACAAGCAGCUCCAAGAGAUGGUGGAAGACGAUGUAUACCUGCCAGACAUCUCUGUCAGCAGACCUGCCUCUAGGGUACACUGGGCUAUACGGGUACCAGACGACGAAGAGCAGAGUAUAUACGUGUGGCUCGACGCACUCGUGAACUACCUGACCGUCAGCGGGUACCCUGAUGAUGAGCUGGUGAAGAGUCGGGGUAGACCCUGGCCUGCUGAUGUGCAGGUGGUCGGCAAGGAUAUCAUGAAGUUCCACGGCAUCUACUGGCCGGCGUUUCUAAUGGCCGCCCGACGUCACCCCCCCCGCCGGCUGCUCGUGCACUCACACUGGACGGUGAACGGGAACAAGAUGUCCAAGAGUGUGGGCAACGUGGUGCACCCGAGGGGUGUGCCGGCUGCGCAUGCGCUGAGAUAUCUGCUGCUGAGGGAGGCUACUGUAGCGGAUGAUGCCAAUUACAGCGAGACGAAACUGAUAAACACAGCGAACGCGGAGCUCGCGGACACGCUGGGCAACCUGGUCAGCCGCAGCAUCGGCUCAGCGCUGAACCCGCGCGGCGAGUUCCCAGCGCUGAGACCCGCGCUGCUGACCAAGUGCUGCCAGCUGCAGCCCACCGUGCUGCUGCUGCACCAGGUGCAAGUGUUGCCAGAAAUAUGCCACAAGCACUACACAAAUUAUCAGUUCUACAAAGUGGUAGACGCGGUCAUACGAGCCUUGCACAUGGCCAAUCUAUUCUUUGAAACUCUUAAACCGUGGGAGUUAAAGAAAAAACCCGAAUGUCAGAAAGAAUUAGACGUAGUACUACACGUUACGUUGGAAACUAUAAGAAUCUGCUCAAUAAUAUUACAGCCAAUUGUACCGGAUAUAAGUAAAAAGGUGCUCGAUAAACUGCAAAUUCCAGAAUGUUCUAGAAAUUGGACAGAUUGUGAAGUGCCCUCGUGGAAUAUGGAAGACGCGAUACAUGAAACUAAGAAAAUACAGGGCGGGAAAUUUGUUUUGUUCCCAAGAAUUUAUGUGGAUAAAUCACAGAAGAGGACUAGUGCUAAAACUGCGUAGUUUGAUGUUUUAAUGGGUCAAUUUAUUGUGGACUAGCUUUCCACCCGCGGCAUCGCUCGCGCAAAGAAAAACCCGCAUAGUUCCCGUUCCCGUGGGAUUUCCGGGGUAAAACCUAUCCUAUGUCCUUUCUCGGGUAUC